AUGGCGUCGAAGCAGAUGGAGGAGAUCCAGCGGAAGCUGGCGGUGCUGGCCUACCCGCGCGCCAGCGCCCCGGCGCAGUCCCUCCUCUUCGCCGGCGUCGAGCGCUACCGCCUCCUCGAGUGGCUCUUCUUCCGGCUCCUGGGCGACAGAUCGCCGUUCACGCAGCAGAACUGGCAGGGGGACAGCCUCGACCGCGACGAGGAGAACAGCAGGAUCCAGCACUUGGCGGAGAUCGCGAACUUCCUGGGUAUCACGCCUUCAGUCGACCCCGAGGCGAUUCAGGGAAGAGGCAGCUACGACGAGCGGGUGGAGCUCCUCCGUCUAAUUGUUGACUUGGUGGAAGCUAGUUGCUAUGCCGACAAUCCAGAGUGGAGUAUUGAUGAGCAGCUGGCCAAGGAUGUACAACUGGUGGAUUCAAUUGCAGAGAAACAGGCCCAGAUUUUUUCAGAGGAGUGCAAGCUUUUUCCUGCAGAUGUCCAAAUACAAUCAAUUUACCCCUUGCCUGACAUAGCAGAAUUAGAGUUGAAGCUCUCUGAGUAUACUAAAAAGAUGUCAAAUCUGCAACAAAUGGUUCAGGAGCUGGCAUCUAAGUAUGAUUAUAACCCAAAUGAAGACUAUGCCGAGACAGAGUUGAAGCUGAGGGAACAUUUGCAAUCGUUUCUCGAAACAGUUAAAUCCUUCAACAUGAUAUACACUAAGGAAAUUCAUCCUUGGACGCACAUGAUGGAGGUGCCACAGUUGCAUGGAUUUGGUCCAGCUGCUAAUCGCUUGUUAGAGGCAUAUAACACACUUUUAAAGUUCCUUGGAAAUUUGAGGAGCCUGCGAGAUUCAUAUUCUGCGAUGGCUGCUGGGUCACUUUCAAAUUCAAACGAGCCUUCAUCCGUCACAAAGAUCAUUUCAGACUGCGAAUCAGCGCUGACAUUCUUGAAUAACAGCCUUGCCAUCCUUUCAACCUCUGUGGCACGAGAGCAGGGUGAAACGCUGUGAUUUUGCAGUCUGAUAGUGAUACCAAGAUUCCACUUCGGGCAGAUAUGUAAUGUAAGCUUUUAUUGGUCUUUUUAGUUUCAGUUGGCGCAUACUGUAAAGAUUUUGUUGCAGCUAUCGGUGUGUCAUUGUAUUUGUGUGUGCUUCUUGAUGUUUGGGCGGUUGUAAGGCUCGCUGAUCAUAUAGUCUUAAGUUUGAGAACAUUGCUCGGAUUAACUGAAUCCAUAGUAAAACUGCUUGCAACACCUCA